AUGUCAAAUGAAAAAUAUAAAUUAAAGCAAAUCGAGGAAGCGCUUAACGUCGAUAAAUCCAAAAUUCCAAGGCCUUACAAGUGUCCUUUAUGUGAUAGAGCUUUUUAUCGUUUGGAGCAUCAGACUAGGCAUAUUAGAACUCAUACAGGUGAAAAGCCUCAUCAAUGCUCUCACCCUGGCUGCCAUAAAAGAUUCAGUAGAUCAGAUGAACUUACGAGGCACCUGCGCACUCAUUCAAAUCCUAAAGGUAGAGGUAAAAGGGCUUUGAAUGGCAAUGGCGGUGGCAGCGGUAGCGGUAGUGUUAAUGCUACUGCUAACUCCGCUGCUACUCCCAGCCAAUCAGCUCCCAGCACUCAAAACCCUGCACAAGCUAAUCCACUCUCAAUCCCCCCAAAUCCUACCCUCCAAUUCAACCCAUACGCUUACUCUUCUACUUCUUCUUUUCCUCCAACUCCUUAUCAGCCGGCUAAUGAAAUGUCUGCUCUUGCCGCCGCAGCUGCUGAUCAAUUAUACGAAUUAGAGAGAGAAGAAGCUGUAAGAAGAGCUGAAUACGAAUAUCGUCAUAGGCAACUCAAGGAUGGUAUCUCCUCACAGCCAAAUUCCACUUCAAGCUCUCCAAACACCUCUUUCAAUCCUUACAACAAUCAAUUCAAUUUCCUCAAUCCUCCUGCACAACGCUAUAAUAUGCCUUAUAACCUAAAGCAACAACAUCAACAACCUCAAGAACCAAUUCGUUGUCAUCAUCCUGACUUUAAUCAGGCGGCGAUUAGUCUCAACGAUGACAUAAACUGCGAUCAUGAUGAUUGUAGACAGAUGGAACAGCAAUCUAAGCGGAUGAAGGGUAACAAAGGUAACAUUUAUCAAAUGCAGCCACAACUUCAACCUUCUUUUACUACCCCUUCAACCUCCUCUAUGCCUUUCCAUAAAAGUUAUUCAGGUGAUCAACUUAGCACUCUAAGUGCACGAGAGCACACUCUCACUGAACCUCCACAUCUUAGAACCCAUAGACAUAAUUAUCAUCCUUAUGCUUCCUUCAAUACCUCCUCCGCAGAGCAGUCACAGACAGUUAGCCCUGUUAGUUCUGCAGAGAGUGACUUUAGUGAUACAGAGGAUGCAAAAACAACUACUUUUAAUCCUACAAAGCAACAGAGUUCUAUACAGCAGAAUUUAGGUGCUUAUCCUGUUGUUCCUGGCGGCAUAGAGUUUACACCUUCAAGUUCACCUGUACUGGGCCCACUAAGAUCGCUCAACCUAUUUCCAAAUCAAACAAGCACGGGAGUGUAUCCAACGCCAAGUUAUUUCAAUCUAAAUUCCAGAGGAGGAACACCAUCGACAUCAGCACACAAUUCACCAAACGUCAGCAGAGCAAGCUCUCCAGUACACUUUACCAACUUUAGACUACCACCGUUAGCGCAGUCAACGACAUCGAGCUCGACCAUGGGUGGUACGGAGGAGAUGGGUUAUGCGAAUCCACCUCCAGCGCUGCCAUUAGAUAAUAGAAACAAGAUAGAGGAGAUACUAAGGUCGCCACCUCAACCCGUCCAUCCAAGUCCAAGCAGUAGUAUCAGUGGUAGUUCAUCAACGCCUAUGCAGAGUGCGAUAAGGUCAUUGCCUAAUAGUCAGACAAACUCUGCGACAAACAGCGCUGGGGCAAGUCCACCACAGUCGCCGGGCAACAAUUCAAAUGGAAAAUCAAUUCACAGCUUUAUGUCAAUGACGCCUCUUCAUGCCCCAGUAGUUCAACCAGCACAAUCGAAUCAAAUGGCUGAAACGGUUCAAGCAGGUCAACCAAAUCAACCAAAUCAAGCAGGAUAA